GCUGGGGAACGCAAGAGAGGGAAACACCGAGCGGCGUACCGCUAGCCGAAGAGGGCAGAGUGGGGUGAAUUCGCAGAGGGGAUGCCAGGCCAGUUCACCCUUACUUGCCACGGCUCGUCAGUGCGGCCUGAACGGUUAACCGGCCUACUUGUUCGCGUGGUUCUCUUUCGACUCAUUUCGUUCAUCACGAUUUACGCCGUCGUUGUCGUUGUCGUCGACGCUGUUCCCUCGUCGCUGUCGUCGUCGUCGUCGUCGUUAUUGUUCCUCAGCCUUCUCGCAACCUGGCCAUCGACCACGAGCUACGAACGUUCAGGCUUCGGCAAGCUGAUUGCUCGCGCGACCACACACGUGAGUCGUGUAACAAGAGAGAGAGAGAGAGAGUGGUAGAUAGCUCGUCGAUGCUCGAGCUGGAAGAUUCGUCGCCAAUCGACAACAGCCAUCGCGCGUAGAAGAGAAAAAGGAAAAAAACACCAGGAGGAAGGACGAGAGAAGGUGAAACAAAAAAAAGGGCGAGCGGGGUGAAGAAGAGGAGGCGAUCAGUCGCGAAGAAGCAGCAGUGGUACGCACGCACACUGGUGGUUUGGCCUGGCUAAAACCUGGUACUCCGUUGUUCUCGUUGCGGUGCUUGUUGCCGAGCUGGACAGCAGCAGGGGCAGCAGAAGCAGCGACGGUGCUUGGCUCUCUCGGAGAUUCCCAAGCGAUGAUCCGUGAACUUGGAAUGUAGACCGAAGGGCGGAAAAGCGGCUCUGCCCCUCGCAGCAUCGAACCAAGGGCUUUUCUUCCACCUCCGCUAUCGUCUACGCCGUUAUCUCACCCUCGAAUACCUACCAUCUCUCCGCAUCUGCGCUUGGACACUGCGAGGACACAAUGUCGAAUAAACGAAGCUCCUUGACCAAGUUCGAGGCCCUGAUGGUGCUAAGUUUGACGGUGCUCGUCCAGCUGGACGUCUGCUGGUGCUCGCCGUCUCACCGGAGCCGACACCACGCGGACAUGUCGUACGAGGACACGAAGAGCUUCCGAACGAGCGAGGAACUGCCCAGACCGGCCGCUCUCAAUUCCAACGACGAUCCGCUAGUGGUUCAGACCAGGAAGGGCAAGGUCAAGGGUAAGACCAUGACUGCCACCACGGGGAAGGAGGUCGACGCCUGGUUCGGGAUACCUUACGCGCAGAAACCUCUCGGAACACUGAGAUUCCGGCAUCCGAGGCCGGCGGAACGUUGGCCGGGGAUCCUGAACGCAACCACGCUGCCGAAUAGCUGCGUGCAGAUUCUGGACACGGUGUUCGGCGACUUUGCUGGCGCGACCAUGUGGAAUCCGAACACGCCGCUUAGCGAGGACUGCCUGUACGUGAACGUGGUCGCGCCACGUCCUAGGCCUACCAAUGCCGCUGUUAUGGUAUGGAUAUUCGGUGGUGGCUUUUACUCCGGAUCGGCGACGCUCGACGUUUACGAUCACAAAACUCUGGUGUCCGAGGAGAACGUGAUUCUAGUCUCGAUGCAGUAUCGAGUCGCCAGCCUGGGUUUCCUGUACUUCGGAACGUCGGAUGUUCCUGGGAACGCCGGUCUGUUCGAUCAGAUGAUGGCCCUUCAGUGGGUCCGCGACAAUAUCGCUGCGUUUGGCGGAAAUCCUGACAACGUGACCCUGUUCGGAGAGAGCGCGGGCGCCGUUUCCGUUUCUAUGCACCUCCUUUCGCCUCUGUCAAGGCAUCUGUUCAACCAAGCCAUCAUGCAGUCCGGCUCGCCGACCGCGCCCUGGGCCAUCAUCUCGCGGGAGGAGUCGAUCGUGCGCGGCAUCCGGCUGGCCGAGGCGGUCGGCUGCCCGCACGAUCGCGACAACCUGCAGGAGGUGAUCGACUGCCUCCUGGUAAAGGACCCGAUCGAGCUGGUGAAGAACGAGUGGGGCACGCUCGGCAUCUGCGAGUUCCCAUUCGUGCCGGUGAUCGACGGGGCGUUCCUCGACGAGACGCCUCAACGCUCCCUGGCCACCUCCUCCUUCAAGAAGGCGAACAUCAUGAUGGGCUCCAACACCGAGGAGGGUUUCUACUUCAUCAUCUACUACCUGACCGAGCUGUUCCGCAUCGAUAUGGCCGACGACGUGAAGGUCAGCCGGGAGCAGUUCGUCAACGCCGUCACCGAACUCAACCCGUACAUCAGCCAGAUCGGCAGGCACGCCAUCAUCUACGAGUACACCGACUGGCUACACCCGGACGACCCGCACGUGAACCGCGACGCCCUCGACAAGAUCGUCGGCGACUAUCAGUUCACGUGCAACGUGAACGAGUUCGCUGGACGUUACACCGACACCGGCAACACCGUUUACAUGUACUAUUAUAAGCACAGAUCCGCCAACAAUCCGUGGCCGAGAUGGACCGGCGUGAUGCACGCCGACGAGAUCAGCUACAUCUUCGGCGAGCCGCUGGAUCCCACCAAGGGGUACACGCCCGAAGAGGUGAACCUGUCCAAGAGGAUGAUGAGAUACUGGGCGAACUUCGCGAAAACUGGGGAUCCGAACAUCGGCGACGUCGAGUCGUGGACGCAAGCCUACUGGCCGCCACAUACCGCUGCCAAGAAGGAAUACCUGACACUGGACACCAACAGCUCGGAAAUCGGUAACGGGCCGAGAGUGAGACAGUGCACUUUCUGGAAGAAGUAUCUCCCGCAACUGCUCGCCGCCACCUCGAAGCUGGAGGUGAACUCGAAGGAGACGUGCAGCGGCACAAGGGUGAGCGACGGUGGCCACUUGCUUCUGAUGGUGGGCCUGCUGGUGAUCGGCAGCCUGUUCAGUCACAGGAUCGUCAUACAGACGGACGCCAACUACCGCGCGGCGGAGAUCCUCGAGCGCGGCGGCUUCGUCUAGCUUCCGGCAGCGAGCUUCUUCUCCGGCCCGUUCCCGAUCGUCGAGAUGGCAAACGGAACGCAGACACGGACCAGCGAAACGAUCGGCGACCUUCUGACGCGCGUCAAGCGAGGCAACGUGGCUCGUUGACAUUCCGGGACGGGAGAGGAGCGAAACAGACACAUAUCAACGCAGCGGGGAGGGGGGCGGCGCCGCGCGAUCGUCCUGUCGUCGCCUCGCCAGUGAGAGAAGCAAGAAAAAAGUCUCAGUCGCUGAUCGAGAGUCGAAGGACACAGACAGAUCUACAGGCCACCUCGAGGAGAGAUUACGCGCUGAUCGAAGGACUCGUGGACCUUCUUUGAACCGAUCGUCAACGUGUGUGAGCGUUCAGUUCUCCCAUCCCUUCCAUCCAAGUCUCUUUCUUUUUUCCCCCUCCCCUUUUUUUUCAGUUGUUCCUACGUUCUCUGGCUUCUCGAGAGUGCGAUCGACUAAGUCCUCGCGAAUCGGGAACCUUCGAUGGCGGAAUUGGACGAGGAUGUAGAGGAGGUGGUCUAAAUUUUGGGCCCUCCCCCCUCCCCCCACUUUCAUUAAAGAGUGGAAUGGGUGUGUUUAUUUUAUGUCACGAAGCCGACAGAAACUAAACAAAAUAGUAAUCUUCGCUGCGAACUUUGAUGUCUUACCCCCUUGCGCUCGAAAAUUCCAAUGUUUUCUCAGUUUUGAGUAUAUUUCAAUAUGACCCAGCGUAAUAAAUAAUAAAUUUGUUACUUCUUGGUAAUUUCUAUCCAGUGAUGUUUAUUACUAUUAGCCCCGAGUUUUAAAAAGAAGGCGACGAAUUACAAAUUACGGUUUGGUCACUCGUUAUGGUCCGCGGAAUCAGCUGACGGCGCAAGGGGUUAAGAAAACUUGAGGAAUCUUCACUUUUGAAAACGUGGUCGAAGUAGUCGAAAAUUAAUCUUUAAUGUGUUUAUUUUAUACUACGGCAUU